AACAAAAUUGUGCUUGGUUUCAGGUGAAUGGGAGUGGAGUAGUGAUCUGUAAUCCCUGCAUCGUACACCCUGCACAGUCUUAUUGUUUGGGAAAACUUCAUGUUGAAAAACCGAAGCUCUUAAUAGGUGAAUAUGAUGAGAUUUCUUCACCAAGUUCUCAGCCUGAUAAGGAGAGUCCCUCUUUGUCAACCUAAUGAAGCAUUCAAAGAAGACAUAUGACUCUUUUCAAGACGAACUUGAAGAUUACAUUAAAGUGCAGAAAGCCAGAGGCUUAGAGCCAAAGACUUGUUUCAGAAAGAUGAGAGAGGAUUGUUGGGAAACCGCUGGGUACAAAGGAAAGGUUGAUUCUAGGCCCAGGUAUAGAAUGUUUGAUCAAAGACUCCCAUCUGAAACUGUCCAGACCUACCCAAGAUCAUGCAAUAUUUCACAGACAGUGGAAAACCGGUUACCUCAGUGGUUACCAGCUCAUGACAGCAGGCUGAGACUAGACUCUCUGAGCUACUGUCAGUUCACCAGGGACUGUUUCUCAGAAAAGCCAGUACCCCUGGAUCUUAGUCAGCAAGAAUAUAAUUGCGGUUCAUACAGUGUAGAACCUGGAGUUUACAAGCACCACUCCUCAGAAAACAGUACCAGUGCCCAUCAAACCAGUCAUAAACAGAUGCAUCAGAAGAGGAAAAGGCACCCAGAGGAAAGCAGAGAAAGACCAGAGGAGGAGCGACCCAAACAUAAGAAGAAAAGAAGUUGUGAAGAAAUAGAUUCAGACAAACACAAGAGCACCCAAAGAAAGAAAACGGAGGUGGAAACAGAAACUGUACAGGUCAGUACAGAAAAGCUUAAGAAUCGAAAAGAGAAAAAAAGCCGAGAUGUAUCCUCUAAGAAAGAGGAACGUAAACGUAGAAAAGAGAAAAAGGAACAAGGCGAAGAAAGGACAGAGGAGGAAAUGCUUUGGGAUCAGUCCAUCCUUGGGUUUUGAAGCUCUUUAGUUGAUUGUCCUGAGGUUAAGUUGAAAAAAUAGUUGAAAAAGAGCUUGGUUUUAUUAUGUUCACAUUCCUAUCACUUUUCUUGAGUGGACAGGUACUUUAACUUCUAGCAAAAGCCAAGCAAACAGAAGAUAUUUAGGAAACUUGCCCUCCAACAUGGAAAUGACUUUUCCUCACUUUCUAAGAACAUUAUCACAUUUUUCUUUCAUAUAAUAUAAUUGUUCUUAAUGAGAGUAACUAAAGAUGUUAGAAUUAUUUUCCUUUGGAAGGUCAUUUAUUUUAAAUUGAAAGAUUAAAAGACUUUACAGACUCUAUUUCUUGAUUAUGUUUUAGUUUUGAAUUGGAUAUUUUUAUGUUCAUUGGUUUUCUCUAUGAAGCAAUUUAGGUUAUUUUUUCCUUUGUUAGUUCUAAUUUGCAGUGUAUUUUCUAGGUUGGAAAGUGGGAAAUAUAAUACAUUAAAAUAAUAAAACACUUAGGUUACUUCUAGUUUUAAAAGUUUGAAAGAGUCUUGAUAUAAAAUCAGUUUAUAUUCUGGAAAUGUUUAUAAUAAAGUGUUCUAAUUUCUA